AAAUAAUUUUAUUCUUGGUUAUGUAUUUAAUAGUUGGUUAAAUUUUAAAUAUGUAAUUUCAAUUUUCUGUCAAAAGUAAACGUUUUGAGAUUUUACGUUUAUAUAGUUUGUACUGUUAAUAAGUACCUAUGGUAUUUGGGAUUUAUCAAUUGUUAUUUGGUUUUAAAUAAUAAUUAAAAAUACAUUUAAUUAUUUAAUUGACCUUACCAAUAUUUCAAGUUGAAAGUUGUGAACAGUGUUUUAGUGAUUAAAUAAUAAUAUUAAAUUGUGCUUAUUAAAAUUUAAACAUUUGACCUAACCCAUUUCAUUAUAUUAUUAAUAUGACGUUUUGUAUGGCUGUUGGUGAAAAAACGAUAGUAGUAUCUUCAAUAGAUGUUGAUAAAUGUUUUGUGUAUUCGUUAGACAGUGGAAAUGUAAAAAAUCUUACAGAAAGUUUGGGUGAAGCUUAUAAGAACAUUCCAAUCAACAACCGUGACUUGCAAAAAGCAUGUGCAGCGUUUUCAGCUGAUGGCAAACUGUUUGCGUACAACCCGAAUAAAGGUAAACUUCUGAGCAUCUGGAACACCACAGACUGGACGUUGGUUGAAAACAAAACACUUGCAAAACAUGCAACAAACAUAGUUUUCACACCUAAAACUAAUAUAAUUAUUGUCGGUGACAAAAAAGGUGAUGUUUAUGCAUUUGAAGAACUCCCAGUCCGCAUCCUGGGUCAUUCGUCUAUGAUCCUUGAUAUUUGUAUUAGUGAUAAUGAAAAGUUUAUUGUUACUUGCGACAACGAUGAAAAAAUACGUGUUUCACAUUAUCCAAACGGCAAAAACAUUGUGCAUUACAUGAUGGGACAUGAGGCAUACGUUAGUGGAAUUUGUUUAUUGAACAACUUUAUCCUAUCUGGCUCUGGUGACAGUACACUGCGUUUGUGGGACUUUGAUAACGGUGAUCUUCUUGAUAAAUUGACUCUGAAAACUGCAAUUCAAAGUGUUAUUGAAAUUGAAGAUUUAGCCGCUAUUCAAUUAUAUGACUCUAAAGAAGUACAUUUCAUUAAAACAGAGAAAAAAGAAAACAAAUGGAAUAUUAAAAGUAUAAAAACUAUUCAAUUUGAAAACAAUGUUUUGGAUUUGGCAGCGUAUGGUAAUCAAUUGUGGGUUUUAACAGGUAACUCUGUUCAUAAGUACACUAUUGAUGCUAGUAAUGAAAUCAUUUCAAAAAUUGAGGACGCUGAAAUGUCACAUACAUUUAAAACAUUAAGUGAUUUAGUUAAAUCAUUCGUAUGCAUGGAAAAUACUAAUUUGAUGAUUUUUCUUUAUAAUAAAAUGAUUGAAAAACAAAAAAGAAUUAAACAAAAUAUGAACAAUAGUAGCCCUCCAGUAUUACAUCAUACAAAAAGACUUAAAACCACCUAGAAAUAUUGUAACAUUUAUAUGAUGUAUUUGUUAAGACUGUUAAUAGUUAUUAUUUUUAUUCUGGUUAUAUAAUAAAGUUAAUGUGUUACAGCCAAAUUAUAUUUGUAAAUAUUCAAUAUUAUUUUAAAUUCUAUAAGUAAACUAUAAGUGUAACAUUAAUAUAUUUAAUAUAUUGUGAUUCUUAAAAUAAUACUUAAUGAUUACUUUAUGCUAUACACAUUAAUUAAACCAUUUAACUUCAACAUUCUAGGAAGCAUGCUGUUAUGACUUGUGUGUUUUGCUAAUUGACUGCCGAGUACUAAUUUAUUUUAUUCCGGAAAUUCAUAUAGUUUGUAAUUAUGUGCUAGAGAUACAUAUUUACUUCAUAACUUACACAUUUAAUUAGUAUUAUCAGUUGAAGAACAAUAAUAAUAAUAAUAAAAAUGUAAUAUGUAUUUACCUAAAUUAAUAUUAG